ACGUUUAAUCGAUAACCGUGCCGGAAGCGAUCACUCUAGGCAACCGGAAAGUCUGUUUAUCACUGACGCCAGUUUUCUUGUGUCACAUCGAAAGCAAAGAACAUUUGUCUAGCGGUUUAUCAUGAAUUACGAAGAGAAUCCAACUUCAAUCAGCGUCCAGGCCGACGAAUUCAAUGCCUCGGUCGUGGAUCAAUCGGGAGUGCUGGAGAAAGAUCAUCCAUUGUUGGAGAGGUUCCAAGCAGCCUUGAAGGCUCAUUUGCUCAGGGUGAAAGAUCAACUUGAGGAGGAGAUUGCUGAGCUGGAUCAUCGGCUGGAGCAAAAUGAGAAGGAAUCCGAAGAGGUCGGUGCCCGGUUGUAUGAUCUGCAGGAAGAGAUCGACAGCCAGAAGGAAUUGCUGGACAUCUACAACAAGGAGAUCAUGGAGGUAUCAACUAGAAGGCAAGUUGCCGAGCAAGCAGCAUCGGAGUACAGAAAGGAAUACGACGAUCAAAAUCGAAAGUAUAAGGAGUUCAAGAAGGUCUACAACGAACAUCUUCAAGAGUUGGAUAACUUGACUGCACUAGAAGCGGAAUUUUCCAAAUGGGAUAAAGAAAUAAAGGAUGAGAUUGCGGUUGCUAAGAGAGUUGCCAGUAAGGAUGCGAAGGAUCAACUGGCUGCUUCCGAGGAGAAACGCAAGAAGGACUUGCUGGUGUUUAACCUGGAUGUUGAGGUACGCAGGAAGGAACGGGAAUUGGAAGGCAUCGACGAUCAAAUCAAGGAGCAGGAAGGUGCCACGGAGCAAAUAAACCGGAGCUUGGCAGAUGCCAAUUCGGAUCUGGAAGCAUUGCAGCACGAGCAUAAACGACUGUUCCAGUCUUGGGGAGAGGUUAUAGUUGCUAUUCAGCAACGAGACAGAGUGUUGUCCAAGACGAAAGACGAUUUGGAGGGCGUCUAUGAGGAACAUAAGGUGAUCAAGAGUAAGACGGAUAUUACCAAAAAGACUGUUGCGAAGGAAAUGGAGCAAAACGAAAAGCUAUCGGGCUUCAAAGCCCGUAUUCAGGGGGAUAUUCAUGUACUGGAAAAGCAAGUUAACAAGGAACAGGAAGAAGAGGAUAAACUUUCCCGUGAACUUGACCACUACGCCUUGAUCUUGGAACAAACGGAAGCAGAUAUGUUGAAAGCUCAACAGGAGGGUCUGCUAAUCGAGAACCAUCUGAAAUCAUUGCGCCAAACUUUGAACAAGCAGAACCAGAAGAAAUUUGAACUUGAGGAGCAGAUUCUGGAGCUGCUACAGGAUCAGAUUACCACUGAUAAGGCUGGGGAGGCACAAGGCAAGACACUUCGAGAAACACAGGAGAAACGUCGCGAGCUGGAGAUUGCCAUGUCUGAUACGGAGAAUCAGCUUUCGAUCGUAUUGUUGGAUUUGGAAAAGUGGCGCGGAGUCGUUGAGCGAUCCAAAGCUGAGGUGCAAAAAAUGAAGACUGAGCAUGACUCGAUGGACGCUGAGGCAAGGAAAUACGACGAUGAAAUUAAAACUAUCAAGGAAAUAAUUUCGGCGAAGCUGCGAAAAUUGGACGGCCUGAAUCGCCAACUGGAACAACUGAUCACCCAGGCUGGGGGACAAGAGCUCAAUCCAGAUGAGCUGAAGUUGCUUGACGUGCAGCAAGACAUACUGGAAUUGGAUGCGAAGAUUAAGGAGGCGCAAGAAACUUGGCUGAAGCUACAAAACAGCGUUGUGAAUCUCUCGGAGAAGCGUGUUCAACAGUUGAAUGAAAUCAACUAUUCCAGAAAGAAAUUGUUGUUAGUUGAGCAGAAGGCUAUCAAGAUCGAAACCCGUUUGGAGGAAGUUGUCAAUGAAAAUCGGGAAAUUGUACGCUCAUUGUCGGCACUUAAUUCCCGCCUGGACGCCGUCAGCUUGGAGUUGUUCAAAACUAAGAAAGUCCAUGAGAAAGAAGAAAUGGAAUGUGAAAUUUCUCAUCAACAAACCACAGAACGCUUGAAGGAAGCCGAGAUGUCCAUUCUAAAUCUUGAACAAGAUCUCAAGGAUUUGGGUAAGGAGAUUGAAGACUGCAAGCAGGAGGUAUUGGAAAAGCAUCGUGAAGCGUUAUCCUGGGAAACAAAAUACAAAAUGUCCGCUGAAGCAAAGAAGUUCAAAGAAGAAGAAUCCGCCCAAAACAGUGAGAUAGGGAUCAUGAAGGCUGAGAUUCAUCGCAUGCAAGUACGCUAUGCCCAACUUAAACGAAUGCAGGAAAAAUUGGUCACGGACCUGGAGAACACGGUUCACCACAGGGAGCACAUCUACGAUACAGUCAACGCUAGAGAGAAGGUCUAUGGAAGCAAAUUUAAAUCCCGUUCCACGAUGCAGCAUAAAAUCAACGAGUUAAAGAAUAAAUUGAAAGUUGUAUUUGGUGAAAUAUCUGAUGCGGAGAAAAACUUGAUUGAAAUUGAUACUGCCCAGAAACUUUUGCAAGCGGAAAUAGAAAACAAGAAGCAGCAGAUUGAAGAAGAGAGAAUCCAAACCAGCUUGAUAAGAGCUGAAGUUGAACAAGCCACGCUUUUAAAGCAAGAGAACUUGGAUUACAUCGUUCGUCAUCAGUACCGAGCCAGGCGUUACCGGGCCUUUGCAAAUGCUACCCAUCUUCCUAAGUUCCGUAACGAAAUACUGAUUCAAGCGGAUUUGCAACGUCAACGAGAGAUCAAUGAAACGAUUGUUGGGAUCGUUGAAAAUUUGAUUCUGGAUUUUCCGAAUCAAAAGUUUAAUCUGUCCAAAAUAUUGCAAACUUUGAAGUAAUUCUAUCAACGGCUUUGAAAUAAUUGGUGUGGUGUGAUGUUUCGGAUUUAGAAUUGAGUGGUGUGAACUUUUAAAAAUAAUUUAAUAGAAGUUUAUUUUCGAUCAACAAUA